AUGCUUCUCAAACCUAAGCUCACGGUUCACCUGCAAAGUACAGGCUACGGUCCCUCAUCGGCCCUUGUCACCCAAGGGCCAACACCGACGAGCCCUGCCCUACCCUGCCAUCCGGAUCCUGUCCACCCCUCCAUUUUUGGUCUGGUGCUCUGUGCGUCUAGCUUGCACUGCACCUCAACCCGCGCACCAAAGCACAUCAGACGGGACGGCAUUCUGUGCCUAUCAUCGGCUGCUGCACAAGACUGGAGCAUCACCCUGCGACUUCGCACCAUGCAGUCCUUAAGCAGUAUGCAAUACUCCCUCCUCUGCCAUUCGCCCAAGGCCAAGGCUUCACCACCUCGUGGUCCGGACCUGGCCGAGGAGAAAAGUGAUUGA